AUGAAGAUGGGUGUGGUUUUGGUGAUCAUGAGCAUGCUGUGUGCAGGUGCCGUGGCACAAUCAUCAAGUUGCUCGAAUGCGUUGGUGAACUUGUCACCGUGCCUCAACUACAUCUCCGGGAACUCCUCCACCCCUUCUUCAGGGUGCUGCUCUCAGCUUGCCAGUGUUGUGAGCUCACAACCAGAGUGCCUGUGUGAGGUUCUUAACGGAGGAGCAUCUUCACUCGGAAUCACAAUCAACCAAACCCGAGCUCUGGCCUUGCCUACUGUUUGCAAUGUCAAGACCCCAUCCAUUACUCAGUGUAGAGAUGCUUCGCCAGCCGAAUCUCCGAAUUCGAAUCCAUCAGGAACUGGAUCCAGAGAUAAUGGCUCGUCCAGUGCAAAUUCCGUCAAGUUUUCUAUUCCUAUGCUGUAUUUAGUUCUUGCAGCAACAUCUGCUCCAACAUUAUUUGGCAAACUGAUUCAUUAA